CGGAGGAGGAGAAGAGAGGAUCAGAGAUGUCGUCCUGACGCCCUCAGACCUUCAUCAGGCUCAUCACAUUCGGGCUGCUUGCUGGGAUACUCUCAUAUCUUCAUCCUUUUCCUUACCAAGACAUAUCGUCCUCCGCUCCUUUGGUUUAGACGGAGAGUUGCAGUUCAGCGUACGAGACACACCUGGCCGAGAUCUGAAGCCGGCCAUGCCGAGUUCCAUGCUGAUGCGCUACCGCCCACCUCUGACUGGGCUUGAGUCCCACCUAUCAGGGUUGGACGUGCUCAGGAAGAAAGAUUUUGAUCACAAGACAGAGCUGCACAAGAGCAGGUUGAAGAACAUGAAGCCAAUGAUUGAUAACAAACCCCCGGCGACGACAAACAUGAAGCAUUUGCAGUUCAACCGGAAAAAGCGAGAGAUGGACUUCCAGCGGUACAGCGCGAUCGAGAAGGAGAACUUCCGUCUCCUCGACAAGAUGAGCAGAAUCAUGGUCAGGAAUGCAGCAGAUUCCGUCUUUGGAGAGCACACAAAUCUAAACUGCCCUGCGCUGGACGGUGAACGUGCCAGGAAGAGAAGGAAUGACAAGCUCAUCGAGCAGAAUCAGCUGAUUGGACGGAGAUUGCGGGAAGCAAAGCCAUAUUACAGCUUGGCAGAAUGGGAUAAACACACAAACAGGACACACAGUCUCAUGUCUCACAUCUGUAAAUACCCCAACCAGGGAAAGAAAGCCUUCGAAGUCGUGUCUCUGAAAUGUCAUCCGGGAGCGGGCACACCAAAGUUCUGCGGAGGAGGCCACUACCUUCGCUCAACUCACACAAAGGCCCAAGACGCCGACAAACUGAACGACCUGCAUGAAUCUGCAGCUGCCAACGCCAAGAGCAGGGAAAGUGCGUCGUACUCGUUCGAAUUCGAGGUGAAGAGUGAUCUCACUGCCUGCGGCACCAUCGCCGACUCUUCAAAGAGUACGUUCUCACCGUUCAAUGAGCAGGGGGACUCGAAGAUCGAAGACUAG